CCGGGUCCCCGGCUCCGCCCGAUCCCUCCCCGCCUUUUAGGCGGCGGCUCUGAGUUGGGACGUCUCAGUGCCUCCUGGUCCAUACAGUCAGUCGACCACCCGGCCCGUUCCGAACCCGGUCCGCACAGUCCAUUUGCCCCAGUACAGCCUCUCCAGCCCACUCCCAGCCGCAGCCAUGGACGCCAUCAAGAAGAAGAUGCAGAUGCUAAAACUCGACAAGGAGAACGCCAUCGACCGAGCCGAGCAAGCAGAAGCCGACAAGAAACAAGCAGAAGAUCGCUGCAAGCAGCUGGAAGAAGAGCAACAAGGACUCCAGAAGAAGCUCAAAGGAACUGAGGAUGAGGUGGAAAAGUACUCUGAGGCUGUGAAGGAUGCCCAGGAGAAACUGGAGCAGGCUGAGAAAAAAGCCACCGAUGCUGAAGCAGAUGUGGCCUCUCUGAACCGUCGUAUCCAGCUGGUAGAGGAAGAGUUGGACAGGGCCCAGGAACGUCUGGCCACAGCUCUCCAGAAGUUGGAGGAAGCAGAGAAAGCAGCAGAUGAGAGUGAGAGAGGAAUGAAGGUCAUCGAGAAUAGGGCCAUGAAGGACGAGGAAAAAAUGGAACUACAGGAGAUGCAACUAAAGGAAGCCAAACACAUUGCAGAGGAUUCCGACAGAAAAUAUGAGGAGGUGGCCCGGAAGCUGGUGAUCCUGGAGGGAGAGCUGGAGCGCUCAGAAGAGAGAGCAGAGGUAGCUGAGAGUAAAUGUGGGGACCUAGAGGAGGAACUGAAAAUUGUUACCAACAACCUGAAAUCUUUGGAGGCCCAAGCGGACAAGUAUUCCACCAAAGAAGACAAAUAUGAAGAGGAGAUCAAACUGCUGGGGGAUAAGCUGAAGGAGGCUGAGACCCGGGCAGAAUUUGCUGAGAGGUCUGUGGCGAAGCUGGAGAAAACCAUUGAUGAUCUGGAAGGUAAAUUCCUUCUCCUUACCUCCCCUGCCUCUGCUGCUGUGUCCUAUUAUUCUCUGCAUUUGUCCUCUAUGUGCUUCUCCUGUGCUUUUGUCCAUCCAUGUGUCCCAUACCUUCACCCCAUCACUACCACGUGCCCCUCAUACUCCUUUGUGUAUCUCCCUCUGUGCCUGCCAUUCUCCUACCCCCUUCACAGAGACCUUGGCCAGUGCCAAGGAAGAGAACGUGGAGAUUCACCAGACACUGGACCAGACGCUGCUGGAGCUCAACAACCUGUGAAGCCCAGCCCAGGUGGACCUGGCUUUACCCUCUGCAGGGGCUCUCCUUUCCUUCCCUCACUCCCUCCCUGCUCAGGGCUCCCUUCCCUGUAUUUCAGGCCCAUUAAAACCACCAACUCAACACGCAUGAGCCAUUUCUUGGUGGGGGGAGACAUAAGGGUUCUCAGAAAGAGUUCUGGAAUUUGAA